GUAGACUUUACCCUAUUGUCAAAGCAGUCUCAUUAGUAGCUAUGUCUGCAUAUAUUCUGGGUGUAGACGUGGGUACCACUUCGGUAAAAGCCGUUUUAUUAGAAACUGGCUCCAGGUUGGUGGCUGCCACUCAGGCUUUGCCGACUACGUCUGAUAUAAUCGACCACAGCGGAUUAAAGGCGAAAGAGCAGGACACCGGCCGGAUCAUCGACACUCUGAACCGGUGCAUGGGCCUGCUGCCCAGAGACAAGCUGCAGCAUGUGAGUAGCAUCGGGGUAUCCGGACAGAUGCACGGGGUUUUAUUCUGGAAAGCAAAGAGCUGCUGUGAUUGGUCCAAGAGGGAUUUCUUCACAGCCAGAGACACCAGUCAGCUCAUCACUUGGCAGGAUGGCCGCUGCAGCAGUGACUUCCUGUCCUCACUUGCAAAACCAGACUCACACCUUAGUGUAGCCACAGGUUUUGGCUGUGUGACAAUUCUCUGGUUCAUGAGACACAGGCCGGAGUUCCUUGAGGAGUACACAGCUGCAGGAACCAUCCAGGACUAUGUGGUGUCCAUGCUGUGCGGUUUGGACGGGUGCGUGAUGACGCCCCAGAAUGCAGCCAGCUGGGGUUUCUUCAACACCUCCACCAACCAGUGGAAUAUAGACAUUCUGAAGGGUGCCGGCUUCCCUUUGCACCUACUUCCUCGGUGUGUGCCGUCUGGUGGCUUGGCAGGACAGACAUGCUCCGACUGGCAUGGUAUCCCUGCUGGUACGCCAGUGGGUGCCGCCUUGGGAGACUUCCAGUGCUCUGUCUACUCCUGCAUGAGUGCACGAACAGAUGCAGUUCUCAACAUUAGCACCUCGGCCCAGCUGACCUUCGCCAUGCCAGGUGACUUCAAACCUCCAGACUCUCCUCAGCCUGCCUGCUCCAUCUCCUACUUCCCCUACUACGAUUCGUACUUGGCGGUGGCGGCUUCGCUGAACGGAGGGAAUGUUCUGGCCACUUUUGUGGGGAUGCUCACUGCAUGGAUGAAAGAGCUGGGAGUGGAGCUGAGUGAUUCAUGCCUCUAUGAGAAGCUGAUUGGUUGCGCCCUGAGGCAGGAGACGACCGACCUGAGGGUGAGUCCCACCAUCCUGGGGGAGCGACACGACCCUCUCUCCCUUGCUCAGGUGACCAACAUCUCUACUACCAAUCUCUCCCUGGGUCAUGUGACCAGGGCACUGUGCCGCGGAUUCAUCGACAACAUCACCUCCAUGAUGCCUGCUGAGCUUCUGCAGCAGGCGGGGGUCAGCAGGAUUGUGGGCAGUGGGAGUGCCAUUGCCCGAAAUGAGGUGCUGAGGCAGGAGGUGGAGAAAGCGUUUCCUCUGCCAGUGGUGUACGGACAGGACGCGGACUCUGCUGUCGGCGUGGCCAUGGUCCUCUGUGACCUAAUGAAUGAGUCUUAAUCCACUGGGGAAUCCCUGUGCUGUAUGUUUACAUGAUUAAUUCAGAGUUUUGCACAUUUUUAAUUAACUUAAUUAAUAUAUGAGCAAUCAGGCAAAGUGCAGCGCCACAACAUGUUUUGCUCUGUAGCCUCUUUCACAUGUUGUUUCCGGUAAAUGACCCGGAUCAGCCUUGUAGUCACCACUAGUGCUGAGGCAGUACCGGAAUAGAUGGAGCAAAGGACAGUCCAACUGAUGGUGGUGAUGGAAGCAACCUCCAUUAAACAUAAACAGAAGAAGACAGGGCUGGAUGUACAUGGCAGAAAACGUCUCUUAGGGGGCUUUCCAGGCCCCCGUGAAAUUAGCUCAGCCUUGCAGCAAUUUUUUCCCAGUGGCCACUGGUGGCAUUGCAAUGAAAAAAAUCUCCUGCGGCCCAGAGAGCAUUUUCCCUUUAGGCCACCACUGUAAAAGACAAGUCUGUAAAACUGUUGACGCCUUGAACUGCCACCAUGUCAGUUAUGAAUCUUCCUAUUUUUAAUUUUUGGGCUAUGGCGGUUUUAUGUUUUUAAAACUUUCCUUAUGCCGAGAAAAGCAAUUGAAAAAUCUGUGAUGUGAGCUGAGCAGGAACUCGCAGAAGAAACGCUGCUGCGCAGCCAAACACCGUUCAUCUGCACACACUGUGAUGCCACACAGCUGGUUCAAUAUCAGCAAUGUUUCCCUUUAUAUUCAUUGUCUUGUGUGGCGAUCAGCAGUGAUGUGGUGGUUCACUUUUAAACUGUGAUCUGUAGCCUAUAGUUUGGCUUUAGCUUCUAACUAUCUUUGUCUUUUUUGACCUGUUUUUGCUGCUGAAUCAUUUUGACGUUGUGGCUAUAUCCUUAAAAUGCAUAUUGUAGACAAGCUGCAAACUCCAGGACUGAAAAGUAAAGUCAAACCUAAGUGCCAAAAACUGCAGUUCUUUGAACGGCCACUUGAGGCUGCCUCCAGACACCAGUCAAUCCCCAUUGACAACCAUGUUAAAUAUCCAACUUUACAGCAGAAAUAAACAUGUUUACAGCCUGGUGCAACAAAUGGUUUGGUCUCUAUAGCUAAUUUCCACCAUUAUGACGACUGUACAGGAGGUGAAUUUUUAUAUAACUCACCUGUUGACAUUUUUAAGGCUUUAAGUUAUGCAUAGUUGAAGGUGUGACAGGCUGUCUGCUGAUAGUGUCCUUGGCCCCUCACUCCGAUCCACGCCUCGCUCCUCCACAGCUCCAACCUCUUGCCCAAAUAUGUACUGUAUGUGUGUGUAUAUGUCCUACUGUAUUCAGUACAGUUCAUAUGUACUCUGGUAUGGUACACAUCUGGUGUGAACACCAUCUGUACCAAAACAAGGAAGUGGACUGCUGUUUAACAGAACUAGGAAGAGUUUUUAACCUGUUAUGAAACAGUUUCAAGUAAAUACUGAUGCCUCUAUAUCAGAUGGCAGGAAAGACUUAGAUCCGUCCUUGCUCCCGCCUUCGACCUGCAGUCAGAGCUCGGGUGGCAGUAGGUGGAGAGCUCCAUGCCCUACAGCAGUGGCUCCUCCUCUGGCCAGGAGCAGAGCUUUUUCGACAGGGCCCUCACUCCUGGGCUGACCUGAAUGCUUUGAAACUGUAAGGCUUCGAUCAUGGCUAUUUUGAAGUGACGUGCGUGCUAACAAAGUGUCUAACUGUCAUGUUGUUUUAAGCUGCAUUGACUUAUGUUCUCAUCUCUUAUUUACCGGGAAGCUUUGAUUAAUCGCAGCCCUUCUUCCCCGAAUCUUUGGUGCCCAAAAACUGGUAUUCAGGACAGCCCUACUCCUCCCUGCUGAAUAUGGUCUCUUGGCAGCAGUGUCCAUGUGUGGCACCCUUUUUUGCGCUGUUGCCCCACAAAAAUGUCACAAUGAUGAUGCAAGUGUACCCAGGUAUGGAGUGCGGUACGUUAACAAGUACGGUAGGAAGCAAUCGUAACUAAAAUGAAAAUUAUUUUAGGGAAUAUUUCACUGAUAUACCCGGCUUUUUCCGGGUCUGUUUAGUUGUGGUUUAGUCAUGUUUUAUCAGAUAACAUGUUGCCACAAUAGAGAGUUAUAGCAUAAAACCUAGAGUUGCCAUUUUUCAAAGAUGCUCAUCAUUAAUGAGAAAAAAAUCUAUCGUUAAAGAGCUCAUUUCUUCGCUGACAGCGGCCUCAUCAGAGCAGUAUACAGUGCAACAACAAACUGAGCUGUAAAAUAGUGAAAGCCCAGCAAUCUGCCAUUGCCUCACUCUUCAGCUGUGACAUAGACGCAGUAUUAACGUGACAAGAUCAUGCUCAUUCUCUGCAUGUAACUAAGACAUUACUGUAUAUAUAAAACCCAUGAAGUAGAUCGAAAUCACGGCGCUGCUGGAAUGCGUCGAAGAUUGAAGAUCACAAUUUUAUGAUCCAUAACAGGAUCUCCGUAUUUGAGCGUGCACUGCUUCUUUAAAUGAAAGCGUAGUUACGGCGUGGUUUAUCAGCACGACCCGCAGUGAGAUGAGGCAUAGCAACUAUUAACAUGUUAGCACUGGAGCAGAAAAUAGGCUAUGAAGGAAAUGUCCUCUCCUCAGUUAUUACUGUCAUUUUCUUUCACUUCCAUCUGUCUUACGGUUUCUAUGUCGCUGCGUGUGAGGAGCUUAUUUUCUUUCAAAUUUCCACUUACCAUCUCAGCAAGUCCAAAAAGAAAAGCCACCUCUUUAUCCUGAGCUGUGGUGAUGCAAUAUAGAUAAGAUGCGUCUAUAAUCAUUGGACUGUGGCAGUGUAGUAAACUUUAUUUGUGUUUGUUAGAAGCCUUUUUUAAAUACCAGAGUGGAUACAUAUUCCUUUCAUCACAUCUUUAUCACCUGAUAGUAAACUCUGUACUUUUUGUCCAUCAUGAGACCCUGUAGGAAUGAUGAAUUCUGCAGGACUUUUUUCCAGUAAGUUGAUUGGAUCCGAUUCUCUGAAGUUAACUCUUUAAAUUAAAACUUUCUUGUGAUAUUUUUAUGUCUUCACGUUGGCGACAGCUGUGGUGAGAGGUGUUAUGUCUUCAGGUCAUCCAUCUGACCCAUUCUCAUGAAUUCAAUAUCUCAGGAAGAACUUGAGGGAAUUUCAUCAAUUUUGGCACAAACGUCCACCUGGAUUCAGCAGUGAUCUAAUUAGAACCACAUUUUUGGCCAUUACUCAAGAAUUCAUACAGUAAUUACGGAAAUUAAUUAACUAAUAGGAUGAAACGAUCAUGAGAUAACUAUAGACUGAAUAAAAUAAUGGACGUAGAUCAAAGUUGCUAGUAGGACUAGUGGUGCAAUGGAUAAUGUGUCUGACUACGGAUCAGAAGAUUCUAGGUUUGACUGCUGUCUAGCUUGUAUGAAUCUUUUGUAAUUUUCCCCCACUGUGGGAUAAAUAAAGGAUUACCUUAUUAUUAAGCGUAACUUAAAGUCACAAUAAAAUGUAAACGGGUGAGUUACAUAAAAAAUUCACCCCCCGUACUGUUAUGAUAAAGGGGGAGAUUAGCUAAAGAGACCAAAAUGUUUAUUUUUGCUGUGAAGUAGGACAUUUUAACAUGUGUUUUGACUCACUCUUGGAGCCAGCCCCAAGUGGCCUGCUAGAGGAAGUGCAGCUUUUGGCACUACCAUACUAGCUUCAUUUUUCAGCCUGCUGCUGGAUGGUUCCCGACCUUUCUAGUUAACGGACCCUUUUUUAUGAUUCAGUGAGGUGACGACCCCUGACUGAGUGACAUAUUUAAUGGAUAUUUCAGUCUUGAUUUUUUUUUUUUAAACUGGUGGCAUCCUGUUAAUUAACGUAAUGUUUCUGUUUUGUUUUUGUUUUUUUUUUAUAAUUGCUGAGCAAACUGUUGUUAAUGAGCUGCUACUGUUUCUGUUAUUGUACAGAUUUCUUUCUUAGAGUGUGGGCCUGUGUAGUUUUCCUGCAGUGAGCCAUUAGUUAACAGCUGAUGAGAUGUUACUAUGGCGCAAAUAAAUCCGUAUUAAUAAUUAA